AUGAUGGAGCGCGACGAAUCGGCCAAAGUUGUGCAACACGACGAAGAACGCGUUCCCUCCGACGUAGUUCCCAAUCCGGAUACGCGAGUCGAUCAAGGCGCCGACGAGAAAGCAGUGCGUCAUUCAAGAGACAGCGAUACAGAUGAACACCCAAGACCACGGUCCAAGGAUGAAGAGAGCGGGAUCACAGCCAUGGGUGACGGUGGCGUCAACGAGAAGGAAUUCGAAGUCACUUGGGAUGGCGACGACGACCCCAUGAACCCUAGGAGUAUGGCCUUUGCCCGCAAGUGGAUCAUUGUCGUAAUUGUUUCUGCAAGCUCUCUAUGCGUUACCUGCACCUCUGCGCUUUACACAUCAACCUAUGCGCAAUUGGAACCAGAGUUCCACUGCUCGAGGAUAGUCGCUACCCUGGGACUGUCCUUGUUUGUCAUUGGGCUAGGAGUGGGGCCUAUGGUCAUGUCACCACUUUCAGAAGACAGAUGGAGAGCUCGAGAGUUAACCAAGUUAAAGNUUCUAUGGAAGAAGACCCAUCUACAUUGCCUCGUACGCUUUCUUCUUGAUCUGGCUGAUCCCGUGCGCUGUGGCACAAAACAUCCAAACUAUGUUGAUCGCACGUUUCUUCGACGGACUUGCUGGCAGUGCGNNUUUCUUAGUGUAGCAGGAGGAACUGUAGGAGAUCUGUUCCCUAAAGCCCAGCUUUCUCUACCAAUGGGUGGAAUGCUGGCAGCCAUCAUCUUCCUAGUGCCCGAAACAUAUCAUCCAGUCCUUUUGCGCCAAAAGGCCAUCAAGCUCAGGAAAGAUACGGGUAAUCCGGCCUGGCGAGCACCAAUCGAAAACAUGAACAAAUCGGUGUUUCGGACCGUCGCAUGGAGCUGUGUCAGACCAUUUCAGCUCCUGUUCCUUGAAGCGAUGUGCCUGAGCCUGUGUAUCCUCUCGGCCAUCCUUCUGGGCAUCCUCUANCUUAAUAACCACGGUUUUGUAUUGUGGCAGACCGGACUUACGUUUAUAGGUAUCUUUGUCGGUAUGGUCACAGGCGUCAGCUGCGAUCCGAUUUGGAAGAAAAACUAUCGCCGUCUGGUCACCAAGAAUGGAGGCGUUUCUGAGCCCGAGUUUCGUCUGCCUCCAACUAUUCUAAACAUCUUUGUCUUCAGUGGUGUCUUUACUUUUCUCGUAGAAUGUUAUCCUUUGUAUGCUGCGAGCGCGCUGGCAGCCAACAGUUUUGCACGCUCAAGCUUCGCGGCAGCAUUCCCUCUCUUUGGUCAGUCGGCGUCGUCAUUACUGGCCUUUUUAGCCCUUGCCAUGGCACCGUUUCGUGAGUUUUUCUGGCAGACACCCUGUACCAUGGAUGGAGAGUGCUGA